GACGUAAUGACUCGGCGUGGUGACGCGCACGCUCCAGUUUUCCCCGGUGCCGCGCCUGAGCUCCGUGACUGGCUCUCUCCAAGAUGGCGGCCUGCGGACGUGUCCGGCUACUGUGUUGCCUGCUGGCGGGCCUGGCAGGUGUUAUGGGGGACCCGGGGGCCCGUGCCGAGGAUCCCCCCGCCUCUCCGGCCCGUAGACUGCCCGGCAUCCGGCUGAUCGAGGAGGAGGCCUGCCGGGAGGACAUCAGUCGCCUGUGCCCGAAGAGCGCCUGGACCAACAACCUGGCCGUGCUGGAGUGCCUGCAGGACGUCAGAGAGGCGGACAAUGAAAUCUCAUCGGACUGUAACCAUGUAAGUACUCGGACUACAGUAACCCCUCCCCCUCCCUGUCCUGGGCUGCCGUUCAGAAUUUCCCGAGCAAUGCUGGUGUUCUUCAUACUCCUCAGACCUGCUGUCACCCCCCCCCCAUCCUUCUACCCCGUGCGCUGUGCUCUCUGUCCAUUGACUCUCAUGAAGGACUCGCAGAUGAAGGAAGAUUUGGAUCAGGACGGACGGGUCACCAGACUUUUGUCUUCACAGCUGAAGGAAUGUGCAGACGAGACCCCUGGAAAGGGUUAUGUGGUUUCCUGUCUGGUGGAUCACCGUGCAAACAUCACAGAGUACCAGUGCCACCAAUACAUCACCAAGAUGGCCGCCAUCAUCUACAGCGACUACCGCCUGAUCUGCGGCUUCAUGGAGGAUUGCAAGGCCGAGAUCAACACUCUGAAGUGUGGCAGCAUUCGCCCGGGAGAUAAGGACCCUCAUUCCCAGGGCGAGGUGGUCUCCUGCCUGGAGAAGGGCAUUGUAAAGGAGGCGGAGGAGGCGGAUCCUCAGACCCGAGUCUCCGACAAGUGCAAGCAAGCGAUCUUACGUGUGGCUGAGCUGUCCUCGGAUGACUUCCACCUGGACCGUCACCUCUACUUUGCCUGCCGAGACGACCGCGAGCGAUUCUGCGAGACGAUCCAGGCGGGAGAAGGAAGAGUCUACAAGUGUCUGUUCAACCACAAGUUUGAGGAAUCCAUGAGCGAACGCUGCCGCGAUGCUCUCACCACACGUCAGAAGCUGAUUGCUCAGGACUACAAGGUCAGCUAUUCGCUGGCAAAGUCCUGCAAGGCCGACCUGAAGAAAUAUCGCUGCAAUGUGGAGAAUCACCCCCGCUCCCGGGAAGCGCGCCUUUCCUACCUUCUCCUGUGUCUGGAAUCCGCGGUGCACAGAGGCCGCCAGGUGAGCAGCGAGGGUCAGGGAGAGAUGCUGGACUACAGGCGCAUGCUGAUGGAAGAUUUCUCUCUGAGCCCGGAGAUUAUCCUCAGCUGCCGAGGAGAGAUUGAACACCACUGCUCGGGGCUGCACCGGAAAGGGCGGACGCUGCACUGUCUGAUGAAGGUGGUGCGCGGCGAGAAGGGGAAUGUGGCGGAGAAGUGCCAGCAGGCGCUCCAAACUCUAGUGCAGGAGACGGACCCUGCCGCCGAUUAUCGCAUAGACCGCGCCCUUAAUGAGGCCUGCGAGUCUGUCAUCCAGACCGCCUGCAAACACAUCCGCUCCGGAGAUCCUAUGAUCCUCUCGUGUCUCAUGGAGCACCUGUACACGGAGAAGAUGGUGGAGGACUGUGAGCACCGGCUGCUGGAGUUGCAGUAUUUCAUCUCCCGGGACUGGAAAUUGGACCCCAUCUUGUUCCGAAAAUGUCAGGGUGACGCCUCGCGCCUCUGCUAUGCACACGGGUGGAACGAAACCAGCGAGAACAUGCCCGCGGGUGCCAUCUUCUCCUGUCUGUACCGCCAUGCCUAUCGCACCGAGGAGCAAGGCAGGAGGCUAUCUCGAGAGUGCCGAGCGGAAGUCCUGCGGAUCCUCCAUCAGAGAGCGCUGGAUGUGAAGCUGGAUCCCGGCUUGCAGGCCAAGUGUAUGACGGAGCUGGGGAAAUGGUGCAACGAGAAAACGGAGACGGGGCAGGAGUUGGAGUGUCUGCAAGAUCACAUGGAAGAGCUGAUCCCAGAAUGCCGAGAGAUCGUGGGGAAUCUGACGGAGCUGGAGUCUGAGGACAUUCAGAUAGAAGCUCUUCUGAUGAGAGCGUGUGAGCCCAUCAUCCAGGGAUACUGCCAUGAGGUGGCCGACAACCAGAUCGACUCGGGGGACCUGAUGGAAUGCCUGAUCCAGAACAAAUACCAGAAGGAGAUGAAUGAGAAGUGCGUGGUGGGGGUCACCCACUUCCAGCUGAUCCAGAUGAAAGACUUCCGCUUCUCUUACAAGUUUAAGAUGGCCUGCAAGGAGGACGUGCUGAAGCUGUGCCCCAACAUCAAGCAGAAGGUGGACGUUGUCAUCUGUCUCAGCACCACGGUCCGAAAUGACACCCUGCAGGAUCUGAAGGAGCAGAGGGUGUCUCUGAAGUGCCGCAAGCAGCUGAGGGUGGAGGAGCUGGAGAUGUCAGAGGACAUCCGCCUGGAGCCCAAACUCUACGACGCUUGUAAGACGGACAUCACCGCCAUCUGCCCUAAUGUACCCUAUGGGAACGCUCAGAUCAUUGAGUGUCUGAAGGAGAGUAAGAAGCAGCUGAGUGUGGCCUGCCAUCAAAAGAUCUUCAAACUGCAGGAGACGGAGAUGAUGGACCCCGAGCUGGAUUACACGCUGAUGAGGGUCUGCAAACAGAUGAUCAAGAGGUUCUGCAGUGACGCCGACCCAAAGAACAUCCUGCAGUGUCUGAAACAGAACAAGAACACAGAGACCAUGGACCCCAAAUGUAAACAGAUGAUCACAAAGCGACAGAUUACACAGAACACAGAUUAUCGGCUGAACCCCAUUCUCCGCAAAUCAUGCAAAGCCGAUAUUCCAAAAUUCUGCCAGUCCAUCCUGAACAAUGCCAAAGAUGACACGGAACUGGAAGGACUAGUCAUCUCCUGCCUGAAGCUGAAGUAUGCAGACCAGCGUCUGUCGCCGGACUGUGAGGACCAGAUUCGCGUCAUCAUUCAGGAGACCGCCCUGGAUUACCGGCUCGAUUUCAGGGAGUUUAUGGGCUGCUCGGAAUCGAUAAACAGCCUGUGCGGGGAGGAGGCCGCGGCCCAGGAACCCACCGGGCAGGUAGAGGAAUGUCUGAAGAUGAACCUGCUGAAGAUAAAGUCUAACGGCUGCAAGAAGGAGGUUCUGAACAUGCUGAAGGAAAGCAAAGCGGAUAUAUUUGUGGAUCCCGUGCUGCACACGGCCUGCGCGCUCGACAUCAAACAUCACUGCGCCGCCAUCCCGCCAGGAAAAGGACGCCAGAUGUCCUGCUUGAUCGAAGCGUUACAAGACAAGAUGGUGCGACUGCAGCCCGAGUGUAAGAAGAGACUGCAGGACCGGCUGGACAUGUGGAGCUACGCGGCUAAGGUGGCCCCGGCCGACGGCUUCUCCGACUUGGCCGUGCAGGUGAUGAGUUCCCCGUCCAAGAAUUACAUCUUGUCGGUCAUCAUGGUCGGCGUGUGCGUUCUCUUCUUCGGAGGCCUGCUGUGCGGUCGCAUCACCAAGAGGGUGACAAGAGAAAUGAAGGACAGGUAGAGCAUCGGACCCGCCCCCUCCUACACCUCUCGGCAAGAGCUCUGAGAAGCG